AUGAUGAAAUUUACUAAGUGGAAUUUUAUUUUUUUAGUUGGUGGAAUUAUAAUUUACGUAGUUGAUAUUGGAGUGGAUUUCUGGGUAGCUAGUAAAUAUUUCUGUCAAGGACAAUAUUGUCUGGGUAUAUUGAUACUGUGUUUUAGAGGUCUUUCAUCAUUAAUAACUCAGAUAUUCAGUUACGAGUGGUUUAAAAAUGACUGGGAAGGUACUGUUACUGGGAAGCUGAACUGGAUUUUUCUAGUUCAUCUCUUUCAGUGCGGAAUUUUUAUAAGGUAUUGGUUUGCUUUGAAGUAUGGCCGCCAAGCUGCAUUUAAACAAAACAGCAGCAGAAAUGCAUCAGAAACAGACCUUCUCAACUUCAUUCAAAGACAAGCCAUUGCUGUAGUGACUGAUAUUAACAUGCUCAGGGUGUUCAAGACUUUUCUUGAGACCACACCACAGCUUUUUGUCCAGAUUUACAUCCUCAUGGAACAUGAAAAAAAACAUCUCUAUCAAUAUGCUGCCAUUUUUAUGUCUUUUUGGGGUAUCUCCAUUUCAACGGUUGAUUAUCAGACAUCAUUACGAAAAUCUCUGCCUGAUAAAGAUGAAUUUCAGAGGCUUCCCCAGUUAGUGUAUCUCUUCUAUAAACUGCUUACCAUCACUUCUUGGAUUAUCAGUAUUUCACUGAUCACUCAUCUAAGUGCUAUAAGCUCUGGAAUUCUGGUGAUAUUUCUUUGGAUCUGUGGCUUUACCUGGACUUUGACACAACAUACGGCAUUUUGCAAAUCUAAGAAAAUGGAAUAUCUCUACAGAGCUGUUGUUGGAAUCAUUCUAAUUUUUACCUUUUUUAACAUAAAGGGGAGAAAAUCCAAAGUUUUCAUUUCUAUUUAUUAUGCUACUCACACUGUUGUAACUCUAGUUAUUUUGUCUGUAUACAUGUUUCAGAAACCACCUAUUAUCAGGGAAAUACAUUUUACAAUUGUGAGCAUCUUAACUGUUCUUAGUCUGGUGCUAGGUAAUAUUUUUCUUGUUGUCUAUUAUAGGUGUUUUCAUCCCACUGUUUAUUGCAGAGCACAGACAUAUUCAGAUGAAGUUGAUGGAGAGGCAAGACAAAAAAAUAGAGUAGAAAGCAGUAGGUUUCAAAAUUUCAUAAUGCAAUGA